AUGACGAGCAGUAGUACAACCACGGUGGUGUACGAACACACUCCGACCCCGUCGUCGGGCCACCACGGACCGGCAGCGGCAGAGGAAGGCAGCAGCGGGAGGAAGUACAGGGGAGUGAGGAGGCGGCCAUGGGGGAAAUGGGCGGCGGAGAUUCGAGACCCGUUCAAGGCCGCCAGAGUGUGGCUGGGGACGUUCGACACGGCGGAGGCGGCGGCCAGAGCGUACGACGAGGCCGCAUUGAGGUUCAGAGGCAGCAAGGCCAAGCUCAACUUCCCGGAGAACGUCAAGCUCCGGACCAUCAACACAAGCAGCACCACGAGCAGCAGCAGCAGCAGUCACAGCAGCGGCGUGACUACUGCUGCUGCUUUUCCUCAUUAUGCUCACCACCACAACACCAACAACCAGACAAGGUUCAUGAGCUUGUUGAACAUGAACCGCGGCGGUGAUCGGCAGCAGCAGCCGUCGAAUUCGACUUCUCAGCUGGUGCUGGGAGUCGGAGGAUACUACGAUCAUCAUCAUCAUCAAUCCUCGUCGCAGCUGUCUGAUCAGGCGUCGUCGACGUAUCUCGACCAGCUGCCAAUGCAGGCGUAUUACCCUCUGCUGCCGGAUUUCCAGCAGAGUUCGCCGUGGCCGGCGACCCCGUCUUGUAAUAGUGGUGGCGAUUCUCCUUCAGGAUAG